AUAACUUACUAGACUCUACUUCCAGUCUAUAUUUAUUUAUGUCUAUGUAGAAUAGAUCUAUUUUUAUUGACUAAUGGAUGACAAGUUUAUAGAAAAAAAGAAACGUAAAAUUGCGGCAGCAGCGCUUUUAACUUCAAACUUGUUCGCAAGACGAAAAUUACCCAUAUUCAUGAUAUUGUCCUUAGGCUAGUUCGGAAUCGAAGACAUUCAAUAAUUGCAAACAAUUAUUACGAAAAUGAAAGCCGAAGAAGAAGUUGCACUUCGGCAGCUACAACAAGAGCUUGAUGAUAACUUCAAAUCUAUUUUUGAUAGAUAUGGCAGAAAUGGUAUACCUCUUGGUGAACUUCGUGUUGAAAUUAACGAAAGAGCACUUAUGGAGCAUAUACCAGUAGAGCGAAUGAAUUAUUUACUACAGAGGGCUGAUAGAGAUGCUGAUCAACAUGUUACAUACAGAGAAUUUUCGAGAAUGAUGACUGAGGAUCUUACAAAGGAAGAACGAAAAUUGUUUCCGCGUAUGAUGAGAACAGCCAUUGCCUCCCUUAUUCCCAGGAGAGAACGGGAAGACUUUAUAGCCAAUUACAACUGCUGUCCUCCACCAAUCUUCAUUCCUUUAAUUAGUGCUGUUGAGAUUGCAGUAUUCAUUGUUUAUGUAUUUGAUUUAAAAAAAAACAACAUUGAGACCACAUCAACAACUGGGGUAGCUCUUUACAGUCCUUUGGUAUACAAACCUACUAGACGUUAUGAAGCUUGGCGCUUUCUGACGUACAUGCUGAUGCAUCAAGGGUAUCUGCAUAUAAUAUCCAAUAUUGGGUUUCAGCUGUUAUUUGGUACAACUUUAGAAAUAGUACACAAAUGGUGGAGAGUUGGUCUGGUGUAUCUAUUGGGGGUUAUUGCAGGUGGUUUAGCCCAUUCCAUCAGUGAUCAUAAUGUUAGUUUGGUUGGUGCUAGUGGCGGUGUCUACGCUAUACUUGGAGCUCAUGUAGCAGCCAUUGUCAUAAAUUGGAAAGAGAUGAACUAUAAAUGCUUGGAUCCAAACGAGAUGCAAGAUAAUGUUUGUUUUGGGAUUGGUCGUAUUUUGUUAAGUGCGCCAGUAAGACUAGCCAUUAUUCUUCUCUUGGUUGUUCCUGACUUAUCUGUUGCUAUUUAUCGACGUGUUACUGAACCUGCAGCAAAUAAAAUUGGUGUUACUGCACAUUUAGGCGGCUUCCUUGCUGGUGUGAUGCUAGGCAUUGUGAUUUUGAAAAAUGUCAACACCCUAACAUGGGAGAAAGCUCUAGGCUGGGUAACUCUAGCUAUUUAUUUGGCCUUUGUAGCUUUUUGUUGUCUGUUUAAUGCACUUUAUGAAGGAUAUCCUCCCACUGACUGGACUGCUUUAGCAUAACUAAUUUGUUACAUUUCUUAGAAAUUUUUUACUUUACAAAUUUAUCAUUUCAUAAGCUAUAUAUUCUAUACUCAAUUUCAAUAUUUUAAAUUUUGCAAGCAUAUAGCCUUUAACAUUUGUUUUUGUUUUUAAUAUAUAUAACCUUCAUCUGUAAUAUUUGAAACGUUUCUUUUUGUACUUCAACAUCAUGACAUAUAUUUAUAAACAAAAUUUAAUUUGUUUCAAAUUAAAAUACAGAUAGGCUAAUUCUAAAUUUUGACUUUGACAUUUUCUUGUUCACUACAUAUUGAUUCUUUAAAAAAUUCUUUUAUUUUAGGUUCAUAAUUUUAUUUGUCAAUUACUAUAAAUACAUAUUUUAAUCUGUGUUUUUUUUUAAUUGUAUAAUUCUAUAUAUCAUUUCAAAUCUCAUUGAUGCAACUUUUGAAAGUACUGCUUUUGUUAGCAGCAAUAUUUUGAAAAUGUAUUUUGUACUUUUUACUCAAGACUAUUUUUUAUAGACCUUUUUAAUUUGAAGCAGGUGUGCACUUAUUUAUUUUUAGCUCAUUGCUCUGGUUAAAGAAAUGAAGUUUACCUUUGUAAAGUCAUCAUUUAUAAAAAAACAAUAAUAAUAGAUAAUUUGUACUGGUUUAAAAUUUAGAAAAUAGAAAUAAAAAUAGCAUUUAUACAACCUUUAUUAAAAAAAUCAUGGUUAGUGCAAUAUCAUUAUAAAAUCAUAUUAAGUUCAUUAGCAUACUUUAUACAUAGUGCUAGACUAUAUCAGAUAUAUCAUGCAUAAACUUUACCUGGCUACAAAAUAGGAGAAAUUUUCAAAAUCACACUGUAAGGCUAUGAAGGAAAUAUUUGUAUUAGCAGCAGAACACUUGCAAACCUGCUAAUUGCAUACAACAUAGCCUGGUAGGAACAGAAUCAGACAUCAUUUGUGACAUUUUAAAAAAUGAUCAAAAGAAACAACAAAUAUUAAUACCUGGGAAAGGGUUUCUUUGAACUGACUGGACACAAACUAAAAAAUUAUCUUGACAUUUUUUUUAUAUUUGCCUUUCAGCUUUGCACUCUUAUAGAAAAAAAAAUCUUAGCCAUGAAGAUAAUGAUAAUAUUAAAAGCUACUAUGGGUCAACUACAACAGCAAUUCUUGAUAUCAAUAUAGAUCAAAUAAAAACAAAAUUAUUAACAACAAUUUUAAAAAAUUCUAUUUAAAGACUAUAUUUCCUCUUCAAGCUUGGACCUUUUUAUAAUUUUUGCAAGAUUUGUAUGCAACAAGAUUGACUUCAAAUGUUCUUUGCAAAAAAUAUUUCAAUACAUCCACCAAUGUGAUUCUACCUGUAUUUCUUCCAACAAAACAUUUCUACAAAAUCAUUUUUGGGUGACCAAAAAACAACCCCAAUUCAAGAUGUCUUGCUUAACAGAUAGUUGAUCUUAGAUGAUCUAGCCCAUGACAUAUGUCAUAGUGCAAUGUGGGUCUCACAGCCCAUAACAUAUGUCAUAGUGCAACGUGGGUCUCACAGCCCAUGACAUGUCAUAGUAUGUCUCUCAUGCUUUUUUUAUUAACCUAUCUCAACCCGUUUUUACCUGCACUCUUGCAACUAUAGUAAAGUCUGUGCUGUAGACACUAGAAAAUUGUAUUUCUGUGGGUCUGAAUGUAGAAAAUGCAUUGUGCUUAGCAUUUCCAAGACUUCAAAGCUGGCUAAAGUGGGCAAAAAAGUUGAGAAAACACUGAACUACAGAAAGUGCAUUUUGAAUGUAUUUGACAGAAUUGUACAAAUCAAUUUAUUCUUUCAUUACCUUCUGACUACAAAUGAACUCAACAUGUAUGGUUGUGCUUCUCAAAAGCUUUAUAAACCUAUUAUACAUAAGAGACUAUCUUAAGAAAGUAUUUGACAGGAAAGGGAUCACCCUCCAGACUGUCUCUCUAAAUACAUUUAGUGGUGCACUAUGUUAUUCGGUCUUGCCUUGCCCUGCUUCUUGACCAAACCAGUAGAUUGUUGUUGUUUUUUAUUUUGUAACUUUAAUCCACCCAAUUAUUUUCAUAUUUGGAAAUUCAAUGCCUAGCUAACAUCUUUACAAAGCUAUGCUGAUAAAAAUAAAGUGUGCCUUAUAAACUUGGGUGCAAAUUUGAAACACAAUUUUUUUGUUUUUCAAUGUAUCAGGUAAUAAAUAAAA